AUGCCAACGGGACUGGGUAAACUACUACAGUCUCUUGGAAACAAGCGGCAGCUCCUGCACCCGGAUGAACCUGCCUACUUCCUGUUAACAAAGACGAAUUCUGUCAACACCUCAAGCACGUUCCUCGAGUUCUUGGGCCCGUCGCAGUCUCUGCCAAAGUGCGAGCGACCGACGAGAAUAUCUCUCCACGGGGUAGAAACUGUGCUAGCCAAUCAGAGACUGCUACCGUUUGGAGCACGAAGUAGGGGUCGCGGCGUGACGUUUUAG